AUCAGAAACUAAUAGGGCCUCAAUAUAAUGCACUUCGUGAGUCUUAGUCCCUGUUCAUUUUAGCGUUGGUUUUGUAUGUUGUAUAGUUUGUUAUUAAGUCACAGAAAUGGCAAGAACAAAGCAGACAGCUCGUAAAUCCACUGGCGGCAAAGCUCCCCGAAAGCAGCUCGCUACUAAAGCGGCCCGUAAGAGCGCCCCCGCCACUGGUGGGGUUAAGAAGCCUCAUCGGUACAGGCCCGGCACAGUGGCUCUGCGAGAGAUUCGUCGCUACCAGAAAUCCACCGAAUUGCUUAUCCGCAAGUUGCCUUUCCAGAGACUGGUAAGAGAAAUCGCCCAGGAUUUCAAGACCGAUCUCCGAUUCCAGAGCUCCGCUGUCAUGGCUCUACAGGAGGCCAGUGAGGCUUACUUGGUUGGUCUAUUCGAAGACACCAACCUUUGUGCCAUUCACGCCAAAAGAGUGACAAUCAUGCCCAAAGAUAUCCAGCUGGCUCGCCGCAUUCGUGGGGAACGUGUGGCAGUGAAGCUAAGUGCAGUCGCGGGUGCCUGGGAAAGUCGAAAGACAGCUAUAGCUGUAGUAAUGCCUGAACCAAAAGCCGCACCUGCGCCUAAAAAGGGCUCUAAGAAAGCUGUUUCUAAGAGUCAAGCAAAGGGUGGAAAGAAACGCAGAAAGUCCAGGAAGGAAAGCUAUUCAAUUUACGUGUACAAGGUGAUGAAGCAAGUACAUCCCGAUACUGGUAUUUCUUCCAAGGCGAUGGGCAUCAUGAACUCGUUUGUGAACGAUAUCUUUGAGCGCAUCGCUGGUGAGGCUUCUCGCCUAGCGCAUUACAACAAGCGCUCGACUAUUUCGUCAAGAGAGAUCCAGACUGCUGUGAGACUGUUGCUACCGGGAGAGCUUGCUAAGCACGCUGUGUCUGAGGGGACUAAGGCAGUCACCAAAAACGCUGAAAUGGCAAGAACAAAGCAGACAGCUCGUAAAUCCACUGGCGGCAAAGCUCCCCGAAAACAGCUUGCUACCAAGGCGGCUCGCAAGAGCGCUCCCGCAACCGGUGGAGUAAAGAAGCCUCACCGUUACAGGCCUGGCACAGUAGCUCUGCGAGAGAUUCGUCGCUAUCAGAAAUCCACUGAAUUGCUUAUCCGCAAGUUGCCUUUCCAGCGCCUGGUAAGAGAAAUCGCUCAGGAUUUCAAGACCGAUCUCCGUUUCCAAAGCUCUGCUGUCAUGGCUUUGCAGGAGGCCAGUGAGGCUUAUUUGGUCGGGUUGUUCGAAGACACCAACCUUUGUGCUAUCCACGCCAAGAGAGUGACCAUCAUGCCGAAGGACAUCCAACUGGCUCGUCGUAUUCGUGGGGAACGCGCCUAAGGACACAGACUCCAAACUCCCCUUCUAAAACAAAACAAAAGGCUCUUUUAAGGGCCAUCAAAGGUUCUCCUUUUUUAAAGGAUAAAAUCCUCUUGGUGCUUGUAGUGGGGUGUGGUGUUUUUUGUUUCAAUUUUAUUUCAUAUUUCUUUAAAACCAAUAUGAAUUUAAAAUCUUAUUAGUGCUUUUUUUUUGCUUACUGAGUACAGUCCCUCGGUCAAUACCAAGGCAUGCCGAUUACAGUUAAAAUACCAAUUUUUACAAUUUUAAACACAGCUAUUGAGGCUUAUCCUACCUUUUUACGUUUCUUAUCGUUGUGGUUGUCCUUUUUCAUUAAAUGAUAUAUUUACUGUUAUCUGUGUCAUUUUCUGUAGGGAGAAAACGUUUUGCUUAUUGGUGAAUUCGCACCUAGCCCUCCAUAAUACCCCUUUUAUCAUGCUUAUUCUGCCCCAGUCUUUCUCCUUCUUCCCUUUUCCCAGAUCUGCCAAAGAGCACUAUCUUUAUCUAGUUUAGCCUUUAUUAAUGCAUCCUGCUUUACUUUCUUCCAUACUUCUUUAGCUAUGGGGCACUCCCACAUUACAUGGCUUACU